AUGGUUUGGCAGGAAAUGCUGCCCCCGCGCUUCAGGCGUGGCGUGCCCGACAUCGAGUCUGAUGACAACUCGGCAGUCACCGAGGUGCCAGUCGAUCAGGAAAAGUCGUUUGGUGUUCGCCGCAUGGAGGCGAUCGCCGCCUCGUUUACCAUCUACGACAAGGUCGCUCUCUUUGUGGCCAUCUUCCUAGUUGCUUAUUCACGCAAUCUCGAUGGAAACGGACGCAAGUCGUUCCAGGCCACCGCCAUCGCAGAGUGGGACUCCGCCGCCAACACGGCCAUGCUCGGUGUGGUUCGUUCGUGUGUGGCGGCCGCGUCCCUCCCGGUCUACGCCAAGGUCUCGGAUUGGUUUGGUCGCUCGUCCAUCUUCCUGGCCAUUGUCACAUUCUACGUGAUUGGAACCAUCGUUCAGGCUACUGCACACAACUUCCACACCUACACUGGCGGCUACAUUCUGUAUAUUCUGGGCUUUGCUGGCGAGCAUGUUCUUUUCCAGAUCCUCAUCGGUGACUCGACCUCCCUGCGCUCGCGUCUUAUCUUUGCCUACGUCCCCACGCUGCCUCAAUUGAUAAAUACUUGGGUUUCGGGAACCAUUGCCUCCCGCAUUCUCGAGGUCUCGACUUGGCGCUGGGGCUUUGCCAUGUGGACCAUUAUCAUGCCGUGCGUCGCCCUGCCACUCUUCUUUGCGCUCUACGGUGCCGAGUACCGCUCCAAGAAGAAGGGUUUGCUCAAGGAUAUUCCCUCGACACGCACAAUCGUCUCCACGCCGGCUUACUGGCUCGACUUUUUCUGGAAGGCCGAUAUCGUGGGCCUGUUCCUCCUCGCGGCCAGCUGGGCGUUGGUGUUGAUCCCCCUCACCCUGGGAGGCGGCACUUCGAGCAAGUGGAAGACGGCCCCAGUCCUUAGCCCGCUCUUUGUUGGCCUUUGCGUCACCUUCCCGUCGUUCAUUAUCUGGGAAGCCAAGUUUUCGCGAUUCCCCCUCUUGCCUUGGACCCUGCUCAAGAACCGCCACAUCCUCGCCUCGUUUGGUAUCGCCCUCUUCAGCACUGUCUCCCAGUCGGUCCAGAGCACCUACCUCUACUACACACUCAUUGUGUCCUUUGGCAAGAGCGUCGAGGCUGCCACGCGUACUGCCAACGUCGAGUCUUUCUGCGAGGUUAUUGUCGGUGUCUCGGUCGGCUUUGCUGUUCGUCGCUUCCGCGUCCUCAAGCCUUUCAUCAUUUUCGGCGCUUGUCUCUACGUCGUCGCCUAUGGCCUUCUCUUCAAGUACCGUGGUGGCCACACCUCGGCCGACUUUGCGGGUCUUGUUGGCGGCGAAGUUGUUCUCGGCUUUGCCGGCGGUUUCAGUCUUACCCCCGUUCAAGUCGGCCUGCAAGCUUCGGUUGGACACGAGAAGAUGGCAGUCAUCACCGCCCUCUUCCUCACUGCCACUGUCGCCGGCGCAAUCUGGACAAACACGCUCCCCGCUCGCCUGGCUGCCAACCUCGAGGCUAUUGGCACCGCAAACGCCACCACCUACGCCAAGCAGGUGUACGGCAACCCCCUCAAGUUUGUGCAGGCCAACCCUGUCGGCACCGAGACGCGUACUGCUGUUGAGAUGGCCUACCGCAGCGUCCAGCGGAGCCUGUGUACCGCUGGUAUCUGCCUUUCUGCCAUGCUGGUGGUCUUUUCGCUCAUGCUCAACUGGGUCGAGCUCGAUGACAGGCAGAACAAGGAGGACAAGGAGGAGAUUGCUGUCAAUGAUGAAAAGAUGGCUGAGGCUGAUGGUGCCGGUGGUGCUCCGCCCGUGCUGGCUGCCAAGAACGAAAAGGUCCAGUCAAAGUAG